AUGGUGCGCGCAAUGACCACCCUGAAGCCACAGCUUGUGAGAGCUGAUACCCUGGACCUCCAAGAUCAUGAUGCGCCAUCGGCCAAAGAUCAUAGCAAACAACCUACACACCCUUCACCCUACGGCUAUGGCCCUGCCGCGCCUCAUCAGCAGCAGACUCUGAGACAUGCAGAGCACGAGGCUCAUCAGCAACAACACACAAGUCCCCGUGCUUCAGACGAUAGACCCAAUGGAGGUUUCCACUCCGACCAACACUUCUAUGACGACCUUGACGAUGACCGAGACGAUGACCACAUGACUUCGCAGAACGGUAUCAACGGAAACGGAUACCAUGGACACGACCUUGACGAUGGUGGAGCGGGUGACUCCCAUGAUGAGGAGGACAUGGAUGAUGAUCUGAUGGACAAGAUUUCCAGCUCACCCUCGAUUGAAGAUGGUAAAUACUCCCUCCCUAUCUGGCCGACAAGAGUCGAUUCUGUGGAUCUUGGAGCUUCCCCGGCUUCACCGACACCGACUCGAGGCGGUCAUUCUUCUUCCCCCUUUUCUGUUACCCCGGAUCAUUAUCCCUUGUCUUCAACCCAUGUAGUACACCCGGCAAGUCAUCAUGGUGAGUUUUCAUAUCAGAACAUUGUCAACACAGACGGAUAUCUCGAGAGCGACCCACUCGGAGAGGAGUAUGAGAUCCCAGGAAACCAAACGUCAAUGGCCUCUGACCCUGUGGCAACAACCCACUUCUACAACAUCCCCCUGUCCGAGUCGCAAGAAUUCCGAAGAUAUCUGUUGCCGACCCAUGACCCUCUCCUCGACGACGCAAUAGAAAGCUACGAGGACGAUUUUGUCUACGAAGAAAACGAGGACGACUGGGAAGACGAAGCCUCGUACUUGCCGGAUUUUGCGUCGAGUUCUGAUGAUGACACCGAGGAUUUCAAUUUUUCUCUUGACGAGCGUUUUAUCGACUCUGGUUGGGGAGGAGAAUGCUUACGAGAAAUAGAGGACAUUGACUUCGAGUUUGUGUACGCUCUGCACACGUUUGUGGCCACCGUCGAGGGUCAAGCGAAUGCCACAAAAGGCGACACUAUGGUAUUGCUGGAUGAUAGCAAUAGCUAUUGGUGGCUUGUCCGAGUUGUCAAGGAUGGGAGCAUUGGCUAUUUGCCCGCUGAACAUAUAGAAACGCCGACGGAGCGCUUGGCUAGAUUGAACAAGCACAGAAAUGUCGAUUUGUCCGCUUCAAUGCUUGGGGACAACACUGAAAAGUCCAAAAACCCGCUCAAGAAAGCCAUGCGACGGAGGAACGCCAAGACGGUACAAUUUACUGCUCCUACCUACUACGAACCUUCAGACUAUGACUAUUCUGAUGAGGAAGAUGAAGAGGGUGAUGAUGAGCCUCUUGAUGGGAACGAUGACAGGGACGACACUGAGCCUGCUGAAGAUCAGCAAGAUCUAUCCGGUACCACAGAAGCACGAACCCAAGAAGAAGCCGUCAACGUCACUGGAAUUCAGCGCAUGACGAGUAAUGAAAGUCUCAAAGAUGAAGUUGUGUCGAGUCCCGCCAAGAUUCAGCAAGUACAAGCCGGACGAGAACAACAAUCCGACGAGCCGAUGCAACGGUCGAGGAAGGGAGUCGUCAGAAAUACAGACUCUUUCUACCGAGAUGAAACCGUUGAAACCAAGAAGAUUUCGCUGACACCACGGCUUUUGCGCGGCGACGCGGAUGUAGCCCCUGCUGAACAACAAGAUUUGCGCCAGCGAGCGAGUUUAGAGAAUUUUGACAAAAUCGUCGGUUCAGACGACAAGUCGAAAGAAAAGAAGAAAGAGAAGAAAGGCAUGCUUAGCGGUCUAUUCAAACGAAAGAAGGGCUCAACUCCGGAAGAGAGCGAGAAGCCCGUUGAAGAUCAGCGACAAUCGCCACAGUCGAAAGACUCCCUUGAGUCUCUGACCUCAAGGCCCGAAUCAGGACCAGAGCGCAAGCCGAGCAAGUUACAAAAGAACCCCCCGGCAUCUCCCAAAUCUUCCGGUCCAGAUCAGAGAGCGCCUUCCGGGGAAGGCACCCUUACUUCACAAGCAGCUGGUUCCCGCCCGCCGGCUGCUAUCGCCUCCGCAGCCCCCAGAUCGGCCCCAGCCGCAUCGACAGUCAGGAAAGUCGAACCGGAUACAACACAGAGCGAAGAGGCCAAAGAGCCACAAUCGCUAGGCGCAGCUCAGCCAACUGUGCAGGUGAAUCGAUUUCCGUCACUUACAGAGAAGAGAUCCAUCUUCUCUCCUAUCACAACUGCACUGAAGCCGUCCCCGAACACAGCGACGGAUGGCGAUGCUUCCGUGAAAACCAUCUACUCGAAGCGAGCGAAGGAACGGUUUGCUCUUGAUGAUAGUGAUUCUGAGGAUGGGAAGACGGAAUAUGUCGAGGAAGACAACCGGAAAGCUGUAUCUCCCAUCUCAGAUCCUCAAGUAGCACUCUCUCGAUCAGACUCUGCAAUGCAGGUGUCACCGAUUGAACCAUCUGACAAGUAUGACGACUUGAAGUACAAGAGGCAACAGCAGGAAACCAUCAGAAUAUCACCAAUCCACGACGAACCCGCGCUGGUCGAGUCGGAAGGUACUGCCAGCACCUCAAAGCCAUCCCCUUCAACUGCGACACAUACGCCAUCAACGUCGAGGUCAACGCCUACAUGGUCAGAUGCAUCUUUACGUUCUUACAUGGAGAACAGCCAAGACAUCAAAGAUUUGCUCAUUAUUGUGCAUGACAAAUCCAACGUAACUCCUGUCGGGCCUGACCACCCACUCAUGCAUGAUCUCUUCUCAGUUGAACGAAACAAACUCGCCGAGAUGCAAGCACAGCUUGAUAACAUGCUGAUGGGUUGGAUAUCCAAAAAGAACUCGAGCUUGCUGUCCGGCACGAUAUGA